AUGGGCCCCACCGAGAAACAAGAACGAGAGAGCGAGGAGGAGGAGGAGGAGGGUCGUGCCUCUUCUCCUCCCCCCGACAAGCAGCAGAAAGAGGGAGAGGGCGACGCGGCGGCGGCGGUGGAGGGUGCCUCGGAGUCUUCCCCCGCCGGCUCGGCCCAACGAGAAGCCGCGGAGACGGCGGCGGGUGAGCCGCCUGCUGGCACUGCAGGCGGCGACGAGCCCAUCGAAACGUCUGACGGUUCUUCUGCUGGUGGUGGUGGUGCUGCGGUGCAACACAACAACAUGGAUGCCCCCGCCGCCGCCGCGGCCGCCGCCGCCGUCGCCGGUAAAACAACACCCGAAGCGACUACGUCGACAGCGGCGGGUUCCCGCCCGGGUGGCGAGGAGCAGGCAUCCGAGGAGCAACAGCAGGGGAAUCCCACCGGCUGUGCCGAGCACUUGAAGAAGGCCGCCGCGCGUUUUCGGGCCCUAAUGGACCGACGCGAGCGGAGCCUUGAAGAGGCCAUGUCCGACCCUCAGACCCGAACAGACCUGGCGGCAAUGUUUCCCGGGGACGACGACUACCAUACCACGCUGCUGGCCGGGGUGCGGGGCAUGGAGGAGGGGGAAUUCCAGGAGCUGCUGAGCACGGCCAGGAAGCGGCGCAGAGGGGAAGGGGUGGGCUCUGAGAACGGCGUCCGCGAGGGAAUCCGCAAGGUGCCCAAGGUUGGCGACGCAGUUUCCCCGUCACCCCCCUCUGCCACUGCAGCAGGCGGGUUGGCAAGAGCGCGCCGGGACCACCCGCCGCCGCAGGCGGGCUGGGAGGGGGGCGCCGUCCCGCGGGAGCGCUACUACCCCCCACCCCACCAGCCCCCGCAUCACCAAGCCGCCUACGCGGAUACCUACUACCACUCCGGGGCGGAUCAUCCCCGCGAAAUGGUCGAGAGGCGUGGCGGUGCCCCUUUCGCCGAUGCCGCGGCCGCCGCCGCCGGUGGCACUCAGGAGUGGUCCCGGCAACAGCGGCACCCUCACCAGCAGGAGCUGCACCCCGCCCGCGGUAGGGCCGGGUCUGCCUCCGACGGCCAGGUCGCGGCACCGUCGAGGCCACCAAUGACUGGGGCCGGUGCCACCCCUGCCCCCGCCUCGGUGGCGGAGCAGGUUGGGGGAGCAGGGGAAGGAAGAGGAUCGGGUAGAUCGCGCGCUGCCGCCGCCGCCGCCGCCGCCGGUGAUUACUACGACCACCUUUACUACCAGAGAGAUCGGGAGCCGCGCGGAGAGGGCGGACCGGUGAUGGGCGGCAGGGGGCGCUAUCCCUACAACAAUGUCGGGCCGUCAGUGGGAGCGCAAGGCAGCCCAGCAGCGGUUCCGGCUGCCCACCAUCCCUACCCGGGGCCGCCGCGGGUCGCCCACGACCAUUACCGUGUUGGAGGCGGUGCCGGCGGCCGCGGGGGCGGCGGGCGGCCGCGCUCUCCGGUACAUAUGGCCGCACGCGGAAGCUCUCGGAGCAGCGGGCACCCCAUGAGGCCCUCCGACCGCGGCGGCGAAGCGGUUUUGCCGCCACGCUACGUGCGGGCUUCUCCACCGAGCAUCAACCAGACGCUGUGCGAGGCGAUCGAGAGGAUAUUUGAGCACAGAGAAAAGCUGGCCGGAGCGGGGGUCGGCGUCGGCGGGCGGGUGGCGUCGGCGGCGGUGACGGAGGGGUCGAACACGUCGACGGGUCUGAGGGGAGACGCGAAGAUGAACGGUGGGAGGAGGGGGGCAGCCCCCCCCCCCCCUGGUGCGACCCUGAGAAUCAUCGCCAUCAUGGAGAGCUUCGAAGGACGGCUGAACGAUGUGAUGAGCGAUGCGAGAGCGAGGGCGGAGCUAGACGCGAUCUUCCCGGGGAUGCACGAGCGAGAGUUCCGUGCCUUGCUGGAGGAGUGCAUUGAGCGCUCGCAGACACCUCCGCUGUAUCGCCAGCCCGCAGACCGCGACUACCGUAACGGGGUCGGCGGCGGCGAGCGCGUUUUCGGCAGGAUGGAGGCCGAGCGCAUGUACCAGGAGAGGGAGCGGGCGUACCGGAGAGACCACCCGGGGCACCCGCACGAGCCGCCGCCGCCGCCGAUGUACCAGGAGAUGCGGGAUCGCGAGGAGCGCUUCUACGCGUCGCCGCGGCGACCGUACCCUCACCCGGACGUGGCCUACCACGACGCGGGUUACCUCCGGAGGCGUCCCGGCGCCGUCGGCGUGUACCACGAGCAGCGCCCCCCGGUCGCCGCCGCACGCGGAGGCGGGGGCGGUUACGUGCACGCGAACCGCGCGCUGGGCCCCGAGGACUCGUCGCACAUGUAUUACGACCCUGAGCUGGAGGCGCCGUCGUACCCGCAGUACGCCGCCGCCGCCGCUGGGCGGGGGCGUGGAGUUCCGCCGGAGGAGGCCGCGGCGGCGGCAGCAGCGGCGUCCGCGGGGAUGGCGGGCCCGCCGCCCCUGUACAAGCCGCCGGUGAGGCGGGGGCCGGAGGUGGGGUUAUCGCAGCCGUCAGAGGGCGGUGCUUGCCACCACAACGGCCAUCACCCUCGAGGCGGCGGUAGCGGUGGCGGCGGCAGCCACCAUUCCUCCGCACCGACCGACGGCAGCCCCCGCGAUCACGGCCGGAGGAGGGUCGGCGCGUCACCCUCGCGGGCGCAGUCCCUCCGCGGCGACACGCGACCCCGCGGGGGCUCCGUGGCAUCGCUACCGCCCUCGGCCUCCGGACCUACGGUCGUCACCAAUGGCGCCGGCGGUGAUGGUCGCCUCGAGGAUGACGGCACCAGCUCGACCACGUCCCGGCCGGACGACCCGAAGUGGCGCUCAUCGGAAGAGCGCGGCGACGGCGGCGGCGGCGGCGGCGGGGGUCGCCACCCGGCCGCCUCCGGCGGCGCGAGGCCGCGGAUGGACUCUCUCGCCGGGGAGGACUGCGACGUAGGGAAGCCGUUCUGCGAGGUGGUGCGCGACGCGACGGGGCUGACGCGGCUGUUCAUCCCGGAGACGCCCCCCGUGGUGCCGCGGCGGCCUCCCAGCAAGGGUAACAAGCGGGAAACGCUGGGGGACAUCGCCCUCCGCAUCCCGGUGACGGUGAUGCGGCCCUACUUCAACUACCCGCUCAGGACGGCGGCGGAGGCGAUGAACAUCUCGGUGACGACCCUCAAGCGCCUGUGUCGCCGCCAUGGGGUGAAGCGGUGGCCGCACCGGCAGAUCAGCGGGAUCAACCGAGCCAUGGCCCACCUAGAGUUCCAGCAGGACCAGGCGGGGCGCCGAAAUUCUGAGAUCACCAUUCGCAACAACCAGGUGUCCGAGCAGAUGCAGGAACUCCUACGCCGACGACAAGUCAUGAUCGAGCACGCUUUCGAGAGCGACGACGGAGGCUCAAGGCAGCAGUGGAAGUCCUCCGAUAGCGAAGACGAGGGCGGCGGCGGCGGGGGGGGUGGUGACCCGGAGAGCUUCUCGGACACCAACCCCGACCACCAUCACGCCUUCGCACCCAAGCGUCGCGCCACCAAGGAGGCGGCUGCUAUCGGCAACGGGAACACGUGGGCAAGAGGAGGCGACGACAACCACAACACGGACGCCGUGGCUCCCGCCUACAACCGCCCGACCGCUGACCUGGACACUCGGGGGGCCGUGCACGGAGAUAGAGGUCGCCCGAGGCCCCGAUCUCCGGAUGAUUCCCCCACGGGCAGACCCGAGGACGAGGAGUACGCUUUAUCCCCGCGCGGAAGGGCGCCGGCGAAUCCGCCGAUGCAGUCGCGCCGCCGCCUUCUGCCGCCGACUCGACCGAGCCGGCCGACGCCUCCCGGCCCCCCGCUGCCGUCGAGGGGCGGCGAGGAGGCCACGCUGGAGGUGAACCAGCGGGAGCAGCUCCCGCUGGCGCAGAUGGCGGCCCAACACCAGCAGCAGCAGCAGCAGCAGGCAUGUAGCAGCGGCGAGGAGGAGGAGGAGGAGGAGGAGGGCGGGAGCAGGAGGAGCAGGAGAGUGAGGAAAGAAGGGACCGAUAACGGUGGUGGUGACGAGAUCGGAGAGGAGGAGGAGGAGGAGGAGGAGGGCGGCGACGUCGGGGCGGAGCGGCGGUCCUCUCGGCGCCGGUCGGACUCUUCGUACCGUUCCCCUUCGAAGCAGCAGCAGGCGCCCAAGCGCAAGCAGGGCUACCAGUCCGGCGACCGGCCUCCUCCCGCGGCGGAGAGCGCCGCGUCCCCGUCCUCCUCCUCCUCCUCCUCCUCCUCCCGUGACAGCAAGCGCGCGAGGCACCAAGCACCCGCCGCCGCCGCCGCCACAGCGGAGCAGCAGCAGCAGCAGCAGCGCAAGUCCCCGGUCAGCAAGCCGACAUCGCCGCUGACGUGUGGGCCGAGGCUGUCUCCGGGGCAAUCUACCCCCGGUGGCGGAGGCGGAAAGGGUAAGGCCUCCUCGAAACCCCCUUCCUCCUCGCUCCCCGAGCUCCCGGUGUUCAACCACGGUGACGGUCCCCAAGAGGGGUGGGGGGCGCCCACCGCCCCGACCCCGUCGACCGCGCAGGAGGCGUGAUUUUUUGGUCGGAGGGAAGGGGGGGCGACGGGGAGUUAAAAACGGGCGAGUUUUGUCCUGCCCGCGGUACCCGUGCGCAGCUUGUGUAGACCAUGUAGGUAAUUAGUUGCGUUGUGUGUUGUAUGUGCGCGUGUGUGUGAGCAGUUUUAUUUUUGUACGGGGAGGAGCCCUCCGCUCUGGUCCGGGCGUCUUUGCGGUCUGUCUCGGGGCGGGCGUUUUCUACCGCUGCUGUGCCUGUUAGGCUGCGCCGGAUGCGGCUGAUGGCCCUCAGGUUGGCGGCGGGGGCGCGGGGGCGUACGAGAUGGCAGGUGUCCACUCGCCAACUUACUUUGCCUGCUUCGAAGACCCUUUGUAUUUUUGUCAUUUUCGAGCGACGUUUUUUUUUGGGCCAACAUGCCCUCCUGCCUUCAUUUGGUCGUUGUCGGGGGGUGCAUCGCAGGGGCCAAUCCCUCUCCGAGAGCUUAUGUACCAAGCGCCCCCGAACCAAUAGUGGGGCUGACUUUUGGCACGUUUUUUUGAAAUUGUGGGCCACAGCGAAAUCAGGCGGGCGAUAGCCUUCGCCUGUGCUUGCCUUUGUUGGGAUCUUUCCGGCGUUUUUGUGUGUCAAGAUGACGCCAGGAAACGCUCGGGAUUCGUGAUUUGUUGAGCAACGUCGAUAUUGGCCCACCUGGCUGUGCUUUCGUUUUCGGGAUGAAAAAUGGGGUUUUAAGAGGGGCGAACUGCUGUAGUGUCGGUCGUAUGUGUCCAGUGGUGUAAAAGGGACGUUCGGUAGUGUCGCCUCCAUUUACUACAUAAAAGAGCCAACAAUAGUGAAGUCAGCGCCGUUGCGUAUGCCAUGUGUUUGUAUGUAUGCAUAUGUUUGCGUCGUGGUGCUCAGUGCAUGCUGCUUCUGGUGUGACCCCGCGUGCUGUACGGUGUCGAGGAAGGGCGAAUGAACUCUGGCGCUGUCGUCUCUUGUUUUAGUUUUUUCGCCCCUGUUGGUACCUGGCGGCGUGCCUCUCGUCCAGUCCACACGAGGACCAACGAAUGAAUGAAUGAAUUACUUUUGCUUUUUUUUUGCUGGCAAGGGGGGCGAGCGCGCUGCCUUUGAUAUUUUAAGGAAGUUCACGCGUGGGAGGCAAGCACGCCAUUAUUUUUAUGUUUGAACGGAGUUCACGCGGGAGCGAAUCCAUGGUCGAUGCACGACGACCACCAUUGUUCCCGUCCCCCUUCUUGAUGUGAACAGAGAGAAUUUUCGGGCGACGGUUUGGGUUGUGUGCUGUCGUAGUUCGCGAGCGCCCCCAGCCCGUAGAGAUGGACGGAGAUAAAUCGCUCCGAGCGGGGGAACUCGCGAGAGUGAGUCCAGGAGAAAGCGGCGCAUCAUGUCUGGACAUGCUGCCGCUCGCUCUCUUCCCCGUUUUCGUGGCGUGUCCACCAAACCUUGCUCUUGCCAGCAGGUCAAGCCAGCAGUGCGUUCGGCCAUUGAUUGGCACGCGCGCUUGUGAUCUGGCAUGUAUUGGGUACGGAGUUUGGGCAAGGGUGUUUGUGUCCAUCUUUCGCGUGGUAGCUCGAACUGGUGUUGUCUAGUGAUGUAUGCCGAGGAUUGGGCUGUAGUCUGUAGUCUACUCGAGUCGGGCGUUUUUUUACUGGAAACCAAAGCGGUAGAGAUUUUUUGUAGCCAAACCGUGGCAGUGAUGUGGAGGGGGUACGGUCCAUUGUUCCCGUCACUCCUGUGCACCAAGCCGCACGUGUAAGAGGUUAUGUAGAGAGACAUACUUAAACACCACGUUUUCAAUUUUACAAUACGCGGGCUGUGUCUUUCACGAACCCAAGUUUAUAUGGAAGGGAGUGGCGAGGGAAACAAACAGUACUAACCUCACAAUACGAUACAAAAGGUACCGGGUGAUGGGGAAGGAUGGAUCUUGUUUUUUUUCAUGUUUGUUAGACGGUCACGGAGGUGGUGGUAGUUUAGUCUUCCUGUCGUUGCCCGCGAAAGGACGGCGGAGUCGAAAGAGAGAGAGUUGUACACCCGACCCAGCCUUCGAACGCGACGAGACACGUAACAAUUGGACAACUUUGUUAAAAGAGGCCCGGUUUACGUUUUUUUUUUGUUGAACGAUUAAUGUUGAGCGUACGGCUAACAAAAGACGUUGACAGACACCGCAACGCGCGU